CAUCAUUUCAAGAAGUCUACGAGAUAGCGACGAUGUACAAGACUGUGAGACACGGCGAGAACUCUCUCCAGUACACAAUUCUCCCUCAACAAGAUGACGCUGCAGUAAUGACGGCAACCAACAGCGUCUGUGGACGUUCCGUCGCCGGCGUACGUCGGGGAGCAAGGCGAGGUCGCAUUGCCACGAUUCUGAUCUUAACACUGAUCCUAGCAUGUGGCGUCAUCGGGGCAGUCGCCUUGGUACACCUGUUAAUCUCCACUGACCUCGUGUCACUUCCAUCGGCUCUACAGCGUUUCAGAACCAAUAACAACGUCGACCACCACGGUGGCCGUCAUAGUUCGCACUCGAUGGUUCCACAGGGGAACAAGACGACGCCUGUACGUCAGAACACGACGCCGUUGUCGAGCUUUGUGUCUGAAGACGCGCCUACGUCUUCUAGCGUCAAGUUCGAUCAGAGUUCGACGAGUGUCGGUCCACCGCCAUUGUCCGAAGUCGUGAUGGGAACUACGACGGAACGCGUGGAAGUUGUGGCGACGUCAACAGAAGGAGCCCUCACGACGCCUGUCGAGGUCGGCGGACGUCUGGAGGAAGACGUCGGGGCCAAGGAACAUGACCACUUUGGCAGCAGCAAGAAGAAGGCUCUUAACGAAGACGCGAGGAACACCACGACGAGGGUGUUCGUGUCUUCUGCCACGGGCGAGGACAAAGGUGUGUUGGUGCUGGAUGUCGGGAGGUCGACCGAGCGCCCCAAACACAGGUCCUGGCUGGAGCCGCGCUGGUCCUUUGCUGAUCCCUCGUCCUACUUACACUGGGUGGGUUACAACAGCAGAGAUAGCAUUCUCCUGCCCCUGGCACUGGGUGUGACUGUGCUGUUGGUCGUGGUGUCUGCCUGCGCCUGUUGCAAUAUUCGACGCCGACUACAGAAGACGAUCCGACGCUACACGAUUGGGAAGAUGUCUUACGAGCUCCAGGGUGGCGAUAAGAUGACCCCUCUACCCGACGGUUCAGAAGACGAGUGAGGGACCAGACAGGGGUCUAACAAAUCGCACUUACGACAUUUCGCAUCUCAGCUUCUGUUAUUUUCACCAAUUCAGAUCGGGCAUGAACAUUUCAGUUGCACUUUUACAUCAAGAACUGUCACUGAUUCUUUAAAAGUCUUAUACAUCAGUGAUCAGAAAAUAUUUUUAACAUGGAAAAACACAGCCAGCCGGAUAAAAAUAAUAAUACAAAAUUUAUGUUAUGUUAAUAUUGGAUGUUUUAUUCACACGCACGAGAUAUCUCGUUUAGAAGCAUCGGACCACAUGUCUUUAGGAUCACCGAAAGAAACGGUUUAAGGUUCAAGUUUUGCUGUGGAAAUAUAACGGGAAUGUUAAGUCUUCGUGAAGCUCUGACAGUCACAUAGUUGACUCUUCGUUCGUGUUGAAUGGAUUUAAACGCGAACAACUCGUCGGCUGCGAGAACGGGGAAGCCUGGUUCACAGUGAGCCGAUGGUUGCGAAAUCUUGUCUUGCGCCUGCUGCUAGCCAUUUGCAGUGUGGCACUACAUUGCUUCUCGUUUACCAGAAUGAAAUAUAUUUUAAAGCUUUAAAAUUAAUUAGGGGCGCGGCAGAAGCGAUGAAGCUAUUCUUAAAAUAAAUUAUUUUAUUUAAAAAUGUAUUUCUCCCGUGUCAAUUACAUUUUGUUUGGUGUUUCACUUACGUUUAAUACGUAAUGGCUGCUUGAGAUGUUCAUUUGAACGAGAUAUUUAUGCCUCGUCGUUUUGGUAAAAUAAAUCAUUAAAAUUUAA